UCAGGAGGGUGGAGACCAAAGUGGGGGAGAGCCGAGUGGACACAGCCAAGCCAGCAGAAUGGGGACUCGCUGGAGUCAGGAGAGCUCUGCAGAUGAGGGACAGCCCACUGAAAGGAACAGACAGUGGGCCCCAGCCAGACGGGUGCUGCUCGCCGUCCUCACUGUCAGCCUGCUCCUUGGGUCUUCGGUGCUUUUGGUCUUCAUCUUCCGGAACUGCGGCCCUCCCCCCUGUGACACACCUGUGUGUUUGGAUCUCCUGGCCCGUUAUGUGGCUUCUGGGAACAGCAGUGUGGACCCUUGCACUGACUUCUUCAGCUUGGCCUGCGGAAGGGCCACUGGCGACAACAAUCCUUUUCAGGAUCUUGCAGAGGAAAACAAGAGCCGACUCAGGAGAAUUUUAGAGACCCCAGGUUCCUGGGAUCCAGGUUCUGGGGAGGAAAAAGCCUUCAGAUUCUAUAGUUCUUGUAUGGAUACUCAGGCCAUUGAAGACGCAGGAGCUGGCCCCCUUAAACAAGUUAUUGAAGAGCUUGGAGGCUGGCGCAUCUCUGGCAAUUGGACUUCCUUAGACUUUAACCAAACUCUGAAGCUCCUAAUGAGUCGGUAUGGACACUUUCCAUUUUUCAGAGCCUAUCUACGACCUCAUCCGGCCCCUCCACACACACCAGUUAUCCAGAUAGACCAACCAGAGUUUGACGCGCCUCUCAAGCAAGAACAGGAACAGAAGAUCUACGCGCAGAUCGUGCGGGAGUAUUUGACUUACCUGAAUCAGCUGGGAACGUUGCUGGGAGGAGACCCUUUAAAGGUGCAACAACAUGCUGCCUUGUCCAUCACCAUCACCUCACAAUUGUUCCAGCUUCUGAGACCCCUGGAGCAGCGGCAGGCACAGGGCAACCUCUUCCAGACAGUCACCAUUGGCCAACUACAGGAAAUGGCCCCUGCCAUCGACUGGUUGUCCUGCCUGCAAGCAACCUUCACACCCAUGUCCUUGAGCCCCUCACAGCCCCUUGUGGUCCACGACCUGGAGUAUGUGAAGAAUAUGUCACAUCUAGUGGAAGAGCUGCUGCUGAAGAACAGGGACUUUCUUCAAAGCCACAUGAUCCUGGGGCUGGUAGGGACUCUUUCUCCAGCCCUAGACAGUAAAUUCCAGGAGGCACGCAGAUCACUGAACGAGAAACUGCGGGAGCUGACGGAGAGACCACCUCUGCCAGUCUACCCACGAUGGAUGAAAUGUGUGGAGGAGACAGGCACUUACUUCGAACCCACGCUGGCUGCCUUGUUUGUCCGUGAGGCCUUUGGCUCAAGCACCCAAAGUGCUGCCAUGGAAUUGUUUACAGCAGUCAAGGAAGCCCUCAUUACUCGCCUCAAACGGCUUUCCUGGAUGAAUGAGGAGACCCAGAAAGAGGCCAAGGACAGGGUCACCCACCUGCAGGUGAAGAUAGGGGCCCCAGAGUGGGCCCUGAAGCCAGAGCUGGCCAAACAAGAAUACAGUGAUAUACAACUUGGACCCAAUUUUCUGCAGUCUGUCUUGAGCUGUGCCCGAUCACUCCGGGCUAGAAUCGUCCAAAACUUCUUGAAACCUUUUCCUCAACACAGAUGGCAGGUGUCUGCCUGGGGAGUGAAUGCUUACUAUUCAAUAUCUGACCAUGUGGUGGUCUUCCCAGCUGGACUCCUCCAACCUCCCUUCUUCCACCCUGGCUACCCCAGAGCCGUGAACUUUGGCGCUGCUGGCAGCAUCAUGGCGCAUAAGCUGCUGCAUGUCUUCUAUCAGUUCUUGCUCCCUGGGGGCUGCCCCAGUUGUGACAACAAUGCCCUUCAGGAGGCAUCCCUUUGCCUGGAGCGACAUUAUGCUGCCUUCCCAUUACCCAACAGAACCACCUUCAAUAGCUCUCUCACCUUCCUGGAAAAUGCAGCAGAUGUAGGGGGGCUGUCCAUUGCAUGGCAGGCAUACAGCAAGAGUCUAACACGUUACCGUGGGGAGACCACCCUGCCCAAUCAGGACCUCAGUUCCCAGCAGCUCUUCUUCCGAAGCUAUGCCCAGAUGAUGUGUAGGAAGCCCAGCCCCCAGGAUUCUGAGGAUAUUCACAGCCCUCCCAGUCUUCGUAUUCUUGGACCUCUGAGUCACCUCCCAGCCUUUGCCAGAUAUUUCCACUGUCCACGUGGUACCGUCAUGAACCCAUCUGUCCACUGCCAACUCUGGUGACUUAGAGAUGGCCUAAAGACUAAAACACAAAUGUAACAAACCCUCCCUGGACCUACUUAGGGCGCCAGGGCAAUUAUUUCCUCUCCUUUCUUGUUCUCAAAAUAAAAGCUGACCCUUGGUGAUGCCUCUCUCUUAA